CAGGCUCUGCACUGUCAGCACAGAGUCUGAUGUGGGGCUCGAACCCACGAACCAUGAGAUCAUGACCUGAGCUGAAGUCAGACACUUGACCAACUGAGCCACCCAGGUGUCCUGUGAGUCUGCUAUUUAAAAACCUAUCCAACCACUUUGAGAACUUUUUCCCCCCAUAAGAGAUGGUCCUAUAGUUUUUGAAUCAAUAAACAUUAAAGGUCAGAGGCAGAAAUAGCAUGGGAAUGGUGAGAAUCCAUCCACACUUUUCUCAUCUGGCUAUACAGCAUGAGAGAAAGAUAAGUUUCAGUUGUAGAUUUUGCUGUUCUUGUGAUUCCUGAUGUUGAUCCAGUCACCUGCUCUGAACCCUCUCUCACAUGUAACAGAAUAUGCUCCUUCCAAAUUUCUUUUCCCUUGCUUUGUGUCUAACUAUUUUUAACAAUCAGGGCUUAAUUAUCAUCCAUUAGCAAAUGUCCACUUGACGGAAGUGUUUUACUUCUAACCUUCUUCUAGACCAGACAUUUUAAGCUGAAGAGCGUGGAUGUAAAGCUGCUUGGCCAGCAUCAUCGUAGGAGUCCUCAACUUUAUUCCUGCUUUCCAAUUUCAAAAUUCACUACAAAGCUCUAGGAAUUAGGACAGUGGGAUACUGCAAGAGUUUCAAGACCGCUUUCUUGGGGUAGGAAUACUCGUUUCCUCAAAUAUUGCUGGGACCACUGGAUAUCCACCUGGCCGUUCCUCACAGAAGAUACAAAAUUAACUCCAAUUUAUCCCCAAAAUUAACUAAAAAUAGACCUAAAUGUAUAACAAUAGAACCUAUCGAGUGGAUGCUAUUAAUUGGGAGGAGACUCCCAGAAGUACGUUUAAGAAAUCAGGUGGUGAGGAAAUCACCUUCAUAGACUACUACAAGGAGCAACAUGGUCUAGUGGUCACUGCCCUAACUCAGCCACUUUUGGUCAGCAAAGGCAAAUGGAAAAAGAGCCAACAGGACACGCCCCAUGAGCCUAUAAUGCUGGUUCCCGAGCUGUGCUACCUGACAGGUCUAACAGAUGAACUGCAUAAAGACUACAGAGUGAAGAGAGACAUGGCUGUGCAUACAAGGUUGGAUCCAGAAAAAAAGGCAGCAUGAAUUACAAAGAUUCACGAAUAUUGGACAAAA